UUCGGUCUCCUAUAUUUGUUCUCUUUUCAAGCUUCUUCUCAACUAGCACUUUAGGUCUUCGUCUCCAAAACCGGCUCCGUCCCCAUCGCUCGACGACGGCGAAGAGGACUCCACCGCCGGUUCUUGCUUCCCCUGGAUAAUCGGCGGCCGAUGGCUUCGAAUCAAGCCAGCCUGCUCCUCCAGAAGCAGCUCCGAGAUCUUUGCAGGAACCCGGUGGAUGGGUUCUCCGCGGGGUUGGUGGACGAGACCAACGUGUUCGAGUGGAGCGUCUCCAUAAUCGGCCCUCCCGACACCCUAUAUGAAGGAGGUUUCUUUAGUGCGAUAAUGAGCUUUCCACCCAACUAUCCUGUCAGUCCCCCAACAGUGAGGUUUACCUCAGAGAUGUGGCAUCCAAAUGUAUAUACUGAUGGAAAAGUUUGCAUUUCGAUUCUCCAUCCACCUGGUGAUGAUCCAAAUGGAUACGAGCUGGCAAGCGAACGCUGGUCUCCUGUACACACAGUUGAGAGCAUAGUUUUGAGUAUCAUAUCGAUGCUUUCCAGUCCCAAUGACGAAUCUCCAGCAAAUGUUGAAGCUGCGAAAGAAUGGAGAGAUAAUAGGAAUGAAUUCAGGAAGAAAGUCGCUCGCUGUGUGAGACGGUCUCAAGAAAUGUUGUGACCCAUUAUCACCACUUCUUGGUGCUGCUUAAGUUUUGUCUUCCUGUAACGUAAGACUCCUUCUGGGAGGGAGGAGGGAUUUCUGGUUGCCGCCAAUUUAUAAGCCUGUAGAAUUUUUCAUUCAAUGUAAUGUGCAUUCAGGUCUGCGAUGCAUUUUCUUUCCAUGUCAAGUAAUCAUCACUUAAGUGAUGCUUACCUAUGGUACUUCCGCCGGUCUGUUGCUCAAACUAGUGCAAUCGCCAUGAUUUCUUUAUAUAUGCUUUCCCUUUUCUGCGAA